ACUCCCUACCAACUCAAACCAUAUGGUUCCCAAUUCACGCCAAUAUUGGAUACAUAUACAAUUUGUUUAUCUGCUGUACAACCAACACACAACAACAUCCCCAACCCACCAUCACUAUGUUGUCGGAUAUCCUCCUCCUUUACCUCUACCCUUCCCCCACCUUUCCAUCAUGAACAAUAUCACCCACCUUCAUGGUCCUACCACCGUUUUUCUGAGGAUCAGGGGCUCACCAAGGACUACAGCAACUCUCCUCUUCACCGCUUCAAAAAGCCAGGCUCCAAGAACUACUCCAACAUCUUCCCUCCUUCCUCUACUCUCCAUCUUUCCAAUAUACCACCUUCUGUCACUGAGGAUCAUCUCAGAGACUUGUUUCUAAGUUCAGGAGCUGUGGUUAAGGCCUUCAAGUUUUUCCAGAAAGACCGAAAAAUGGCUCUUAUCCAGUUGGGCUCUGUGGAGGAAGCAAUCGAGUCUCUGAUCAAAUUCCACAAUCACGACCUGGGAGAGAACCAUCACCUCAGAGUGUCUUUCUCCAAGUCCACCAUCUGAUGGAGGCUGUUUUGUUUUAGAGAAGGUGAAAGGACUGUCACUUUAGACCAAACUUUAAGCCUUCCACAACUUAUAUCACUGUGGACAAAUGUUUUCCACAACACACACUUCAUCAUUCCUUUAUUAUAUCUAUUUUCAAAUAUGUAUGUCUAUUUGUAAUUCCACUUUGAACCCAACAUGACUUGGGUUUUGAUAGUACCUUUUCUCAGACGGUUUGUCUCAUGAUUUAGUUGAUCAUUGGCACACAUCGGUUUUGGAUCAUAGAUGCUGCGUAGUUUACACUUGUGCCUCUGCGGAAAGCCGCGCCCUUUCAGGUUGCACACGCAAAGCCUUGUUUUGUUUGUUGAACCUAUAAUUAACUUUUUCGAAGAUAUUUCCUAUUUGCCUUUCCAAAAAAAGCAACUGUGCCUUACAUGGUGCUUAAAGUAUAUCUUCUUAAUGGCCUUAGUAAUGUCUUGAUGUUUUUGGCUUCUUUGCAGGAACCAUUAACAUCAUACAUACAAAAAAAGACUGCCUGAUGUUCCCAGGUGGUCUGUUUAAAUUUGACUAGUGAAAGAGCAGGAAUGUUUUCCUGUGAAAGGCAGCAACUAGUUCAGAGUUCCUUACAGGCUUUGGUUUUGUACCUGACUGUCACAGCUUAUUUUGCAUAUAGUUGUUCUAUAUAUGUGGUUCCUACUCCUUAUUUACCAUUUUCUAAGAUAUUCUUUAGUUUCAUUCCAUAUUAUUUUAAGUCUCACACAUUUGUAUACUGUAUCAUCUUUUUGGGCAUUGGCUCGCUGCGCUCUCUGGGUCUAGACCGUCAUAUUUUCCAUUCAGUUGGGAGCGGGGCACAUAUUCUCCCCCCCACACACACACACACACACACACACACACACUUUUCCCUGUUGCUUAUUGAAGGUUUUGUUGAUUACAAAACCGCUUGCAACUGCUUUACAUCAUUUUUUGGUUAUUUUGAGUGUGGAAAAGGAAGUCAAGUUCACAAGAGUUAUAAUGAAUUUGUAAACUGUUUAUUUGGACCUACCAGAGCGCAUGUUUCUACUGUCCAUUUCUGUCACUUGCCUUUUGUGUUAAAGAAUAUUAGCAUUGCAGAGUCUUAAUCUCCUGUGUGACGUUUUGUGUGAACUGCAACACCUGUGAUAAGACUUCAGACUGUUUAUAGCACUUUGUGUGGGGGGGGAAAUAUUAAGGCCUUGUUCUUUCUGAUGCAUCCAUUUCAUGUUGAUUGUGGCAUGAGUCUUGAUGUGCAGACAUUCCCUUUUACUUUUCAGCUUGUACUUGUACUAUGGGGGAAAUUCUUAGUUUCUUUUAUCCUUUGCAAUUUAGCAGAAUAUUGGUGUUACUGACAGGUGUUGCAGGUGUUGAGCUUGUUUGGGUGGGUAUUCAUUCAUUUUUUUUUUUUUUCCUGAAGAGUAGCAUGAUGGACCAAAGCAUCUUCCCUGUUCUGCGAGCCAGUUUUUGAUAUCUUAUUUGAUAGCUUGUAUCUUUACUGUGCAGCGACAUUCUGUUUUAUCAACCGCUUUGAUUUCAGUGGGCAGAAGGCGGAAAAAAUUGAAGGCGUAUGUGUAUAUUAUUGCCUUUGUUUACAAGAAGCAACACAAGAUCUUGAAAAGAAAUUAUUACAAAUUAGAGAAGACGUUGCAGGCUUUUUUGGCCUCAAGUAUGUAUCAAAUGAUUAUUUCUGUUAUCAGAACAGAACCAAACAGAAGUCUUAAAGUAGCAAUAGAGCUCCUUUCUAUUGCGUUAGUUAAACUUCCUUGUUUUUCCCAGUAUGGAAGUAAUGUUGAGAAACAGAGUGGGUGAGGGCUACUGUAUAUAAUUAGUUUUGUACAAGUAAUUGAAAAUCAACGUAAUUUCUGUCAAACAUGUAUAUUUUGAUAAGGUUAUAGCAGACAUUCAGCUCAUUGUAGAGCCGCCUUUUUUUUAUUACACAAUAUUAAAAGAGAUUCCAACACAUUGUGUCUGAACAUGUAAUUGCCCUCUUGAGAGCUUAACCUUCUUUUGAUUUAGAUGCUCAUACUUUUUCUGUCUUCAAUAAAUCUUUCUGUUUCUUGCUUUUA